AUGGCGCCGGUGCCCUCGGCCGCCAUGCGCCCGCUGCCCCCCUCCUACCCCUGCCACGUUCCCACCCGACGGCCCCCAGCUGUGCCCAGAGGUGCAGGUGUGGGUCGGAUGGCCCCCCCCCCGGCGCCUCCGGCCCGUUCCCCCACCACAGAGUUGUCCACCCGCAUUCCUCCGCCGCCUCCACCUCCUCCUCUGCCCCCGUUCAGCCUCAGGAACGGACUCCUGCACAGCUUAGACGAUUUUGAAUCCAAGUUCCAGUUCCACCCUGUAGAAGACCUACCCCCCCCUGAAGAAUUCAAGCCUUUCCCUCGCAUCUACCCCAGCAAAGAAAACAGAGUGAAUCCCAAGCCCCCCGGGAUAAGGACACACCUCAGAUGA